AUGGAUCAACAGGAAGAUUAUCAGAGUAAGAGUUUAUGGGAAGUUCUUGGUCUUGGCCUCCAGGAAGCUCCUGAGCAACAACUCCUUAAGCGACGCGUUGUGAUAGUAGGUGAUGCACUUGCUGGGAAACGAACAUUUGCCACUCGUCUCUUUGCUGCAGCGAUUCAGCAUUUCCCAUCAUCCACUUCAUUAAUUUCAUAUUCAAACAUGAAUGGCGGAGUUACGGGUAGCAAUAACAUUAUCAAUAGUAAUAAUAGCACGAACAAUGAAAACAUUAACAACAAUAAUGACAACAACAGUAUCGAAAAUAAUACUGGCUCUGGUAAUAUAGGUGGAGACAAGCGUACAUUUACCCAUCCAGGUUGGCGAGAAGGUUCUGAAGCCAGUAGUGGUGGUGUUGCUGUUGUUGGGGUGACGGCGGUAGAAGGUACUGUUUCUGGGCGGUCUCCUAUGAAGGAGACUACACGACAACUGGCGUACUUUCCUCAUGGUGCUGGUAUAGCCCAGACGUUUCUCAUGCAGCGCAUUCCAGCGAGCCGAAAUUCCCUUCUUAACACUGGAGAGGAUGGUUUGGGUAAUGGUGCUUCGUAUAGUAGCCCCACUAGCGGUUUAGGUUCCAGUCUUCUUUCCGGUGGUGUACGUCGUGCAAUGACUGAAUUUUUUUGUUGUGAUGCUCCAGGUGCUUUAGCAAUGGCACUUCCAACAUUAGAAACCUUAGAGACAAGUGUAGUGUUAAUCGUAGUUGACACCAGUGAACCGUGGCGUUUACAGGAUCAACUUCAGCGGUGGUACGGUUACUUAAACGCUCAUAUUGUACAGACACUUCGAGUGGAAUUACCAAAGCAAGAUGAAGUGCGCCGCAUGCGUAUGAUUGAGCAACAACAACGUUUUUGGCAAGCACAACAGCAGGUAUUAGGUACAGCACGACGUCGGUGGAUUGAACGUGAGGGUAUAUUAAAAAAUCGUACUGGAAAUGGUGGUAAAUCUGAUGUUGAGACCAAUACUUCUACUACUUCACUUCCAGCAUUAGUAGUUCCCAAGAGCGGUAUAUCUCCAUUACGAACCAUUCUUGUCUGUACAAAAACAGAUCAGUUAGAGAAACUCUCUCGUGAGUUGGAAAAGUUAUGUCGUGGUGCUUCCCCCAGUAAUAGCGGUAAUAUCUCGAUAUCAACAAUGAACAUCACCGCCACACUGGGAAGCUUCAGUAGUGUAAGAUCCGCAUUGCGCACAACAGGCCUAUCGCUUCUGGAUCUCGUUGGACAGUUACUGCGGAAGAAAGCUAUUGAACACCAAAGUGCCCUUGUUGGGACUGGCAGUCGGGUGAACACCACAGCCACAUCACCGUUACCAGCUGUACCAGCCACUAGUGCCGCAACAUCUCCUUUCGGGGUGGGAUCCCGACUGCGUGAUGAGGCUUCUGGUGUAUCUGCGCCCAGUGGGCCCAGCACCUUUGUGCAUCCCUUCUACAAACAUCUCUGGGCAUAUGUGUUUCAAUUGUUGUACGAAACACCUGCAGUGUCGAGUGGUGAUGGCCAGUCACUUUGGCCGCCACUGCUUGAGGAGAUGGAUGCUCAAUUCUCUGCACAGUUCCACCCACACGCCUUUCUUCCGCAUGGAUCUGAUCACUUGGAGCUUCUUAGUCCCUUUCUGACAUCUACAGACGCCAUCACUCUCAAUAGUCUCUUUGCCCCUAAUAGCAAGGAUGGCAACAUUGAAAACAAUGGAGAGGAGAUGGAUGACACUAAUAGUGCAUUGCUUAUGCGGGAAAAAUACAUGAAACAGGUGGAGAGUUUGCUUGCCGCCACAGGACCAGAGGAGGAUGUGAUGAUUUGGGACAAACUGUAA